AUGAGCAGCAACACGUCCACUGAACAGCAGCUCAACCACGAACCGACCACCGAGCACGAUGCCGUUAACAAUCGCUUCAUCACGAAGCAGGAGCCGGAAGUGGCGUACUGUCUAUCGUGCCGUGCACAGUUCUGUGAAUCGCUGCCAAACGACAUCAUACAGCAUUACAUGAACCGUAAGCACGAACCGUGCUGCCGCUGCCUCUACUGCAAUGGGCCUAUGUACCGCUACCGGGAUAGUAAGGAUGUCAUACGGUACUAUCACGAUUGUCAUCGUUCCAAGCGCUUCCUGGAUGCUUCCUAA